CGCCAUGGCUCCUAAGGGUGGCUCCAAGCAGCAGUCCGAGGAGGACCUGCUCUUGCAGGAUUUCAGCCGCAACCUCUCGGCCAAGUCCUCCGCGCUUUUCUUCGGGAAUGCCUUCAUCGUGUCUGCCAUCCCCAUUUGGUUAUAUUGGCGAAUAUGGCAUAUGGAUCUUAUUCAGUCGGCUGUUCUGUAUAGUGUGAUGACCCUAGUAAGCACCUAUUUGGUAGCCUUUGCAUACAAGAAUGUAAAAUUUGUUCUCAAACACAAAGUAGCACAGAAGAGGGAGGAUGCUGUUUCCAAAGAAGUAACUCGAAAACUUUCUGAAGCUGACAAUCGAAAGAUGUCUCGAAAGGAGAAAGAUGAAAGAAUCUUAUGGAAGAAGAAUGAAGUCGCUGAUUAUGAAGCUACAACAUUUUCCAUCUUUUAUAACAACACUCUAUUCCUGGUCUUGGUCGUUGUUGCUUCCUUCUUUAUAUUGAAGAACUUCAACCCUACAGUGAACUAUAUUUUGUCCACAAGUGCUUCAUCAGGACUCAUCGCCCUCCUGUCUACUGGCUCCAAGUAGACCAUGUCAGCUUUCCCCCUGACUUUGUAUUUAUGGGUGGCCUGUGGUAUAUGGAAAAGUAGCAGGGUGGUCAGGGUGGGAGACACACCAGAUGUUUUUGUGGCCUGGAAUUCAAGGAUUUAAAAAAAACCAACAAAAUGUAAUUCAGUAUUUGUUUAUUGGCUCUUUUUGACAGAUUGUUGAAAUUAAAUGAACUGAAAGAGAAACGCAGAGUACUAGGACAUUUAUUAAAAGGCAAAAAGUGUCUUCAAAUGUGUUAUAGUCAUAAAAAGAGAAAAUAACUUGUUUCUUUGAUCUUUCAGAGGUCACAGUAACCUUGGCUGAGCUGUUAUUAUUUAUAAUAGUAGCAAGAAGUUAAUAACUGGUCCUCUGUGUUCCAAGCACAAUAUUAUAACUUUUUUUGAACCAGUAUCAGAAUGAGUCUUCUCCCCUGGGGUGUUGAACAGAAGCCUCAUGUUUACAAGUUUCUGAAUUUGUGAUUUGAAAUAACUCAAUUAAAUUUAAAAACAUGGUUUCUCCAACUCAGGGAUGAGAAAUUUUAGAAAAGUUUUUUUGUUUUGUUUUGUUUUUUUUAAAAAAAGCAGCCAAUGUAAUACCUAAAAAUAGUGCCCAAGCAUAUGGAAGUUGUCCUGUGGUCUUAAAGCACACACUGUUCGGCUAUAUGCCUUGGGCCCUGGGUGGCCAGGGAGGUCACCUUGACCCUGCCAUGUUGGUUUGACCUGUAAGAGACCAGAAUCAUUGUUUUCUUUGACUAUGGUCUCACACCACUGGAGGAAUGUUAAGUAAGAGAGAGAACUUCUUUCCUAAAUAUUGAUACGUAAAAAACCAAAGUAAUUUUUGUAACCUUAUUUCCAGAAUUCUGAGAACUCUUGAAAGGAAGGAAUAGUGGUUUUAGUGCUUGUCUGCAUGUUUCCAUUAGUACUUUCAUAAAUUUAACCAUUUAUCCCAUAGGUUCCCAUCAGUUAUGAACCAAAUAUUGGUUUCAGUCCAGCUGAGAGCAGGCUGUUGCAUUUUUACCAGUGUGUGUACAGAUAUUUUCUGCAUGUGGCCUGACUUGAAAAAGCUCACGAAGGUUUACUUUAACCUAUAUCACUUAAAAGGCUAUGGAAUCACAGGUGAUAACGGUUUCCUAUUAGCUUGUGACCAUAUCCAGUAAUUUCUGCAAGGCAAUACCUCACAAAGAAUAGCUUAUUCCUAAUCUUUAGUUUCCACUUCUAAAUUUAAGAUGAAUGUUAUAAAUUACAUUGGUUUUCUUAUUUAUAUCUUUAUAAAAAAGGUAUUCAUUAGGAGUUCAUCUUCUAGUUCCAUGACAUUGGCUGUUUUGGUGGGCCAUGUCAAAGGAGUUGGAAGUAAGACAGGUCAGGAGCCCAUUUUCAUAGGUGACCCAGAUCAUUGCAGUUGAAGAUUAUGUUUUAUCAUUGCUUCCAGAAGUUUGCAAUUCUUUGCUUUUCUUUGAUGCAUGAUUAUCUGAGUGCCAUCUCCAGAUAUCAUGGAAUGAAUGGGGAAGUCAGAAGAGAUUAACUGUUAAGUACAGUUAGAGAAACUCCCAAGAGAUUUAUAUAAUUUUUUAACUUUUCUUUUGAUAAAUAACUGGCCAGUAGUUCAACUGGUGGUAUGGAGUUUGUGUAUAAAAUACAUUUGCUUCCUUGACAGAAUUAUUAUUUGA